AUGACAGAAAUACACAUAAAGGAACCCAUAGAAAAGGAAGUAAAUCCUCAUUUAUUACCAGGUGAACUGCUGCUUUGUGAGGCAAGCACAGUGUACAAGUAUAUACAAGAAGAUGGGUCAAAUCGUGGCACCUGUGGGAAACUUGUAUGCACAAACUUCAAGAUUGCUUUCCUUGAUGAUGAUUCUACUUCAGAUGAUAAUGAGCCACAAUUUAAGAAUAAGAUUGUAGGAGAAAAUGACAUAACCCUGCAAUGUGUAGACCAAAUCUAUGGAGUUUAUGAUGAAAAAAAGAAACUUCUAACUGGACAACUGAGAAAAUACCCAGAGAAGCUAAUUAUCUACUGUAAAGACCUCAGAGUAUUUAAUUUCUGCCUGAGAUACACAAAAGAAGAGGAAGUGAAAAGAAUCGUCAGUGGUAUAGUUCAUCAUAGCCAGACUCCUAAGCUGCUUAAACGCUUGUUUCUAUUUUCUUAUGCAUCAGCUGCCCCAAACAACACAGAUGGAAGAAACCAAACUGUGAUGUUCGAUACUCUUGAGGACUGGCGUGAUGAGUUGGAGCGGACCAAAGGAAAUGUGAAAUACAAAGCAGUGACUACCAAUGAAUGCUACAGAGUGUCUGAAAAGCUGCCUUUGUAUUUUGUUGUUCCCAUAUGUGUUUCUGAAGAGAGUAUCUUGAAGUAUCAAGGCAGAGGCAUUCCUAUUUGGUGUUGGUCUUGCCAUAACGGUGCUGCUCUUCUCAAAAUGUCUGCAUUUCCCAAAGAACAGGAUGACAGCACUUCACAAACGCAAAAAGCCUUCUUGGAUGGAAUCUAUAAGACCAUUAGCAAACCUCCUUAUGAACUCCUGAAGAUGGAUGACUUGUCAAGCAGCCUUCCAUCUUUGCAAGAUAUCCAGACUGCAUACACAAGAUUUAAACAGCUGUUUUUGAUAGAUAACAGUACAGACUUCUGGGCAACUGAUGUGAAAUGGUUUUCAUUACUGGAGAGCACAAACUGGCUAGAGAUCAUCAGGCGAGUCUUGAAGAAAGCAAUAGAAGUUGCUGAGUGUCUUGAAAGACAGCAUACAAAUGUUCUCCUUAUAGAAGAGAGUGCUACUGAUCUGUGCUGUGUAAUCUCUAGUCUGGUUCAAGUGAUGAUGGAUUCAUACAGCAGAACAAAGUCAGGAUUUCAGAGCCUUAUUCAGAAGGAGUGGGUAAUUGGAGGACAUGGCUUUUUGGAUCGUUGUAACCACUUACAUAAAAGUGACAAAGAGGAGGCUCCUGUUUUUCUGCUCCUGCUAAAUUGUGUUUGGCAGUUGGUACAACAGUAUCCUCCAGCAUUUGAGUUCACAGAAACUUACUUAACUGUCUUGUCAGACAGCCUCUAUGUGCCUAUUUUUAGUACUUUCUUCUUCAAUUCGCAACAUCAAAAAGACACUAAUACGAGUGGUGAAACCCUCAAUACACAAAGUGGUCCUUUCAGAUUUCUCACUGUGUGGGACUGGUCUGUGCAGUUUGACCCCAAGGCCCAGGCUUUCCUGAACAACCCUCUUUAUGCGGAGAAGCCAAAACCAGAUAAAAGUCAACGGAAAACUGCACGAUUCAAACAUCAACGGCAACUGUCUUUGCCAUUGACACCAACAAAAUCUUCCACUAAGAGAGGAUUUUUCAGGGAGGAAACAGAUCAUUUAAUUAAAAACAUUCUGGGUAAAAGAAUUGGCAAGUUCAUAAACUCUUCAGAUGAACCUUCUAAUAGUUUCAGGGAAUUUUAUGAUAGUUGGCAUAGUAAACCUGUUGACUAUCACGGUCUUCUGUUACCUCGCAUCGAUGGCCCUGAAAUCAAAGUCUGGGCACAACGGUAUUUGCGAUGGAUUCCUGAAGCUCAGCUUCAUGGUGGUGGUACAAUAGCUACAGCUGCCAAGAUUUUGGACCUGAUGGAGGAAGUGCAAAGCUUGCAGGUGAAAAUGGAUGAAGAACAUAGUCAAGCUGUUUCUGGAGAUGUACGUUCUGUUCCUCUGUUGAGAAAUUCUGCCCGUUUGUCAUCCUUGUUUCCAUUUGCAUUACUUCAGAGACAGUCUAUCAAACCAGCUUUACCUACUAGCACCUGGAAAGACUUGGAAGAUGAAGAUGACUUGGUCAAAAGGGAUGACGAAUUUGUUGAUCUAAGUGGUGGUAUGUCAUGAAGUGUAUAUAAAUGAAAGUAUGAAUUGUAUGUGGCUAAGCUCUGAGUUUAAAAUGUUGUACUGUAUUCUCAUAUAAGGAACUCAAGCAUCUGCAGCCUGUUUAAUGGGUUUGUUGGGUUAAAAAAACCACCUUGGUUGGAAAGAACUAGUUGUCAUGAUUAACUGAGCAUAUUUUGAACCUCCAUUUCACUCUAACAAUAUUUAUUGCAGAAACACAUUUUUUUAGCAUAGGGGUAAUAAAAACAGAAGUCUAGGCUGGCGUAGCUACAUGGCCACUUUGUUUAAAAAAGAAACAACAAAAAAACUAUUUUCUGAUGUAAAGGUGGAAUACAAAUAUGUACAGCCGCAGCCACUAUUUUAAUGUAAAUCCUCUUCCCCCUCUGCUAAGAGCACUAGGAUUGGAAGUACUGUGACUAAGAAUGUAGUAUUUCCUCCUCAUGUGAAAUAAACAGGGAAAGGUGCAACUAAGUGUGCAUUUACAAAUAAGCUUUUUACAUCUGAGGAAUAAACUUGUCACCAGGGGUUUUCUGUCUACUGUGGCAUCAACCAAAGUCAUUGUGCUUGUCAGCUUCAUCUUUUCUGACAGUGUUCAUCUUUGGCUUGCAGCACUUCACCUUGUGUGGUAUUAUAAUAGCAGCUUGACUGCUCUAAGCCUGUGCAUGCGCUUAGCUUAAGGAUCAGAUGCAAGAGCUUAAGUACACAUUUCAAGUCCUGCUGUGUGGCUGCUGUGCUGUAUUCUCUUGCUGCCUUGGAAUAUGAAGUCCCAAAUGUUUGCUGUUAAUUGUGAGAAAUAGCCUGACUGAGAUUCUGAUUUGCCAAGAGUAUUUUUUCUCAUUUUAAUAGUGAGACUUUAAUUUUUAACUUCCCCAUUUAUGCCAGUUGCCUUUGAGGCUUUCUGUAGCUUUGCACUGAGACCCUCCACACAGAAGGGAAGACUCUCUGUAAUCCUGCAGUGAAGCUGGAUUUGCAGUCUGUUGCCACUUGUCGUGAGUUGGUACAGCUUAUGAAUGUGGCGUUCAUACCAUAUGAACACUUGCAUCCUGUUGCUGGAUGUUAUAACAGUACCUCAGUGAAAAAAGCCAUAAAGAAAUGCCUGUUGACUUUGAUCUACUGUGUGUAUGUUUAUAUAUAAAGUAUUUUUACUGCAAAUAAUCUUCCUUUGUAAAGCUGAAUAUUAUUUGACUGUCAAGUCUAUUUUGAACCCUUAAAUUCUAGAAUAUCAUAAUGGAUGCAGGUCAUAAGAUCAGUUACACUGAGGGUAGACAGUGACUGUUUUCUCUGUUGUCCUACCAAUUUAGAAAUCCAUGCUGUACAACUUAGCUGGUGGAGAAACUGUUGCUUAAAUUGAUCCCCUCAGUGUAAUCGGGGAUAUAAACAGCGUUGCAGAUUAAUCACACUGAGUUGUAUUAAUAUGUAUAGCAAAAAUUUAUCAGCAGCACUCUAAAAAUGUUAAAAUAAGUGUAUUAAUGGGGAAGGGGGAGAACUUAAUGAAACUAUGCCAAAAUGAAGCUUCCCAACUCUUGAUUGCCUUAAGUCUUAGUAGUGCAAGGACAAUACUUGAGUUUGUAGCAUUUUCUUUAAAAAUACACUAGUACUUAUGCUUUAUUCUGUGACACAUAUAAUCUUACAGUUAGCCCUUGUUGGAAUGGGCUGUCCAGCACGUGUCCUUCAGACUUUAGUUCAAGUGACUCAUGUAUGCAAUAAUACUUUGCAUGUUGAAUGACAAAUGCAUUUUUAUGGUGAAAAAAUACCCAUCAUUCUAAGGUCACUUGUGUUCAAGGGGUUUUUUUAAACACUGCCAUUAGAGAAAAAAUUAAAUGGAUUUUUCUAUACUUUUGAUCAAUCUGUUGUAAUGUUUCAGUCAUGAAGAUUACAUAUUUAUGUUAAAGAACAGAUGUUGGAUGUCUUAUGUGUACAUAAGUUAUCAGAAGUUUAUAUAGAAGAGAAACAUGUAUGUGGAAUUGAACAUGGGGAUACUUCUAAUGUAGAAUAAAUACCAUUGUUACUAGUUUUCUGAUCUGUGGGAUUGGAAAUGUACUUAAUAUUUUUAUUCCAGGCUUCUGUUUAUACCUCCCAAGUUUUUACACUGAAUGCAAGCUAGAAGCUUUACAGUUUGGUGGGGUUUUCUUUAAUACUGUCUUUUCUCUCUACUGGGCUGUUUGGAGAGUGUCAAUAAAAUAUACUUUGACAUAUUUGUCCUGAAAUGAGAAUGUAUGUUAAUGUCAUAUUUUGCAAAUGAUGCUUUAAAUCACACUUCACAGUCUGCAGUGACAAGACUUUUCUAGCUAUAUGCUGGGUUUGUACAGACUGUUGCAGGGAGGAAGCUGUGCAGUUUUGACCUGUUUGUACUUCUUGGAGAGAUGCUGUCAGCUCAGGAAACAGGAAAGUUCAGUGCAGUAGUAGUAGGAUGACUAUGGAAAGCUAAUAAGGUGGUCUAGAAACUGUCUGCUGAAUGGCAGUGUAGUUUUAUUAAAGUUUAUUUUAGUCUUAGCAGUGUACUUGUCUUCCCUCAUUUCAAGCAGGAACAUUGUUCUUACAAAGUUGAACUAAGCAA